AUGAUGACGACGUGCCGUCUGCUGUGCGCCCUGUUGGUGCUUGCCCUGUGCUGCUGCCCGUCAGUGGGCGGGACAGAUGCUAAUGAAGAUGAAGAAGGUUCCGGUCCAACGACGUCUUCGCCAGGGAAACAAGCUCAGGAAACGGAAUCGCCUGAUGCAGCUCAUCCUUCGCCACAGACAAGAGAGGAGGAGGAAAGGAAGGAGGAACAGUCACAGGUAACGGGUACAAUAAGCAAAACGCCACAGUCACAAAAUACUUCCAAUAAUACACAGGGUCAAGAUGGUGGGAAGUCUAAUGAACAGAGAGAACAUACGAAUACCGUUACUGCAAAUGAACAAAAGAAGGCCGCCGCACCAACAACGACCACCACGACAACCACUAGAACAACGACGACGACCACAACCACCACCGAGGCACCAAGUAUUACGACCACCCGCGCACCGUCACGUCUUCGCGAAAUGGACGGCAGCCUCAGAAGCUCUGCGUGGGUGUGUGCCCCGCUGCUGCUUGCCGUAUCCGCGCUGGCAUAUACCACUGUGGGCUGA